CAGAGCAGAGCGCACUCCUCACACUAGUCCCAGCCAAAGCACAGGCACGCAGCGCAGAAAGGAAGGAAAAGUUUUUCGAAAAUGGGUUUCUGGGGUGGAAUCAGACGCGUGUUAUUUUCCUAUGUACUCAUUAAUGGCAUUUUCAUCACUUUGCAAACUAAAGAAGAGGUGCUUUUGGACAUGAGGGCAGCAGGAGGAGAACUGGGCUGGUUGACAUGGCCCUUAGAUCAGGGAGACACACCUGGGUGGGAGGUUGUCCAGAGAACUCUGAACGGCUCUCAGUUUUACACCUACUCCGUGUGCAACGUUGAGGGACGCGAGCAGGACAACUGGCUGCGCACCACCUUCAUCCAGCGGCGCCCCUCGGCCUCGCGGGUCUUCGUGGAGCUCCAGUUCAUCGUGCGCGACUGCAACUCGUUUGGCGGAGCCCCGCUGACCUGCAAGGAAACUUUCAACCUCUUCACCUCCGAGUCGGACGCAGACGUGGGCACCACCUUCCACAAAAGCCUGUUUAAGAAGGUGGCCACCAUCGCUCCGGACGAGAUCACCGGCAAGAACGACAUGCGCAUCAACACGGAGACGCGAGUGGUGGAGAACCUGUCCCAAAGGGGCUUCUACUUGGCCUUCCAGGACAUCGGCGCCUGCGUUGCCUUUCUCUCUGUCAGAGUCUACUACAAGUCUUGCCCCUCCACAAUAAAGAGCCUGGCCUCUUUCCCCGAGACCGUCGCCGGCGGUGAGAACCAGGUGCUCAAGGAGGUGCCCGGGGUGUGUGUGGAAAACGCCGUCAGCGUGGAGGUGCCGCGCAUCUACUGCACUGUGGACGGCGAAUGGGUGGUGCCAGUCGGACAGUGCCAGUGCAAAGCCGGCUUUGAAGAGAAGGAAGACUCAUGUCAAGAAUGCGAGCCGGGCUUCUUCAAAGAUAGCGAAUCCAGUGGCAAGUGUGAGGCUUGUCCUGCCAACACCCAGGGCCUGAAGUCUGGGGCUUUGUCUUGCCCCUGUAUGCAGGGCUUUUACCGGGCUCCUACAGACUCCAAUAGUGGACCCUGCUCAGGUCCACCCUCCGCCCCCCGAGACAUCGUGGCCACCACCACCCAGCUCUCGGCAGGAAAACUCCUCCUCUCCUGGAACCCCCCCGCGGACACCGGCGGCCGGGACGACAUCACCUACAACGUGGAGUGCCAGCGCUGCGAGGGCGCGGUGUGCCAGCCCUGCGGGGAGAAGAUCCGCUACGACCCGUCCGGCACCGGCCUGAGAGACACCAGGGUGUCGGUCAGCGAGCUGGACGCUCACCUCAACUACAGCUUCACGGUGGAGGCGCUCAGCGGCGUGUCGAUGUUCGCCAGCCAGGCAGCGCCGCGCGCCCACAGGCCGCCGUCCUCCGCCACCCUGACCACAUCCCUGCACUACACGGAUCCACCCAAAAUUACCACGAUGCGACUGGUCGAGAGGGCCCCCACCAGCCUGUCCCUCUCCUGGGAUGUGUCCCCUCGACCACGGGUCCAGUCCCGGCCAAUCCGCUACGAACUCACCUACCGCAAGAAGGACGACAACUUGGAUGUGACUACCUACAUUGUGCUCAUACUGGAGAAGAGCUCUGUAAAGGUCAGCGACCUGGACCCAGACACAGCCUACCUCUUCAGGGUUCAGGCCCUCAGCAGUGACGGCAGCCCCGGAGGGUCAAGCAUGGAGGAGCAGUUUGAAACUUUGUCUGAUGGGCACCAUACUCCCAACAGGACCGCCAUCAUCCUCGCCGGGGGAGUCGGUGGAGCGACCAUGUUGUUCAUCGUGGUCGUGAUUUUGUUCCUGCGCAAACGGAGGAGAAACUCUCACACCAGGCAGGGGCCAGAGGACACAUACUUCUCAAGCCCAGAGCAAUUAAAGCCGCUGAAGACCUACGUGGAUCCGCAUACAUAUGAGGACCCCAACGUAGCCGUUCUGAAGUUUGCCACUGAAAUCCACCCAAGCCACAUAACCAAACAGAAAGUCAUUGGAGCUGGAGAGUUCGGUGAGGUGUACCGCGGUUCCCUGAAGGUGCAGGGGCGGAAAGAGGUGGCAGUAGCUAUAAAAACCCUAAAGCCUGGCUACACAGAGAAACAGAGGCAGGAUUUUCUGAGCGAGGCCUCCAUCAUGGGCCAGUUCGCACACCAGAACAUCAUUCGCUUGGAAGGGGUGGUCACCAAAUGUAAGGAUUUCUUUAAACAUGCUAUGAUAGUGACUGAGUACAUGGAGAAUGGAGCACUGGAUAGGUACUUGAGGGACCACGACGGAGAGUUCUCCGCCUUCCAGCUGGUGGGGAUGCUGCGUGGCAUUGCUGCGGGCAUGAAGUACCUCUCUGACAUGAGCUACGUGCAUCGUGACCUGGCUGCCCGAAACAUCUUAGUCAACAACAACCUGGAGUGCAAAGUGUCCGACUUUGGCCUGUCCCGCGUGCUGGAGGACGAUCCUGAGGGGACGUACACCACAAGUGGAGGGAAGAUCCCCAUUCGCUGGACGGCUCCAGAGGCAAUAGCUUACAGGAAGUUCACCUCAGCGAGUGAUGUGUGGAGCUUUGGCAUCGUCAUGUGGGAGGUCAUGGCGUUUGGUGAAAGACCGUACUGGGACAUGAGCAACCACGAGGUGAUGAAAGCUAUAAAUGAGGCUUUCAGGCUGCCCGCCCCUAUGGACUGCCCCUCGGCCGUGUACCAGCUGAUGCUCCAGUGCUGGCUUCCGGAGCGUUCCAAAAGGCCACGCUUCGGAGACAUCGUCAGCUUGUUGGACAAGCUGCUGCGCAGCCCAGACUCCCUGAAGGCCAUCGCAGACUUCGACCCACGUGUAUCCAUCCGCCUGCCUAGCACCAGCGGCUCGGACGGUUCUCCAUUCAAAUCGGUGUCAGAUUGGCUGGAGUCCAUCAAGAUGAACCAGUACAGCGAGAACUUCAGCCACGCUGGGAUAGUCAACAUGGACCAGGUCCUUCAGAUGAAGAAUGAGGAUAUCAAGAACAUCGGGGUGAGGCUCCCCGGCCAUUUGAAAAGAAUAGCUUACAGCAUCUUGGGCUUAAAGGACCAGACCAGCACCCUGAGUGUGUUUGCCGUCUGAUCCGAACAAUGAAGGGAGUCAAAAAUCAUCAGGCACUGCAGCAGGCAGCCCUUUGAACUCUGAGCUGAGCUGGAGCAAUUCUGCAGGGACGGCUUUGGAUCAACAGAACUGAGAGAACUGUGCCAUCCUUCGGGCCGAAUGAAUCAGACUGACUUACUGUACAUUUGUGAUUUCUUUCACCUAUUCCACAGGAUAUGGAGCAAGUACACCACAAUAAAUGUAUCAAGUAGACUCCAUAUAUCUAAAUAUCUAUUUUUCUAAUAUACCUGUCUCCUUUUACAGAUAAAAUAGAUUUUUGUUUUAUUUUUCCACUCCUGCUUGGUAAAAAUCAGCAAUCGACCCACUUCAGCUACACAAAAUCUCGCCCUGAGUUUAUCACAGACUCUGUCAAACACACGGGAAGCACGGGAUGUGGGACCAACAGGGUCCAGCUGCGGUCCAGGUUGCAGUUUGAUAUCCCGCCAUCUCCCUUUAAGUGGGACGUUGCACCAUUCGUGUCAGACCAAUGAGGUUGAAGCAACAAGAGGUCUGAAAUGAUCCAGAGCUGGCCCAGAACGGGACUUUGUAUUGUUACAUGCCUCCUUCUUGCUCUGUGCUGAAAUUAAGCUAUAUUGUUGUGAGUGUAUAUGUGGAAGAAGAGAGGAUACGCUUAAGGUACUUUGUGUAGAGAUUCACUUAUUUUUCAUUCUUAUUCCUUGUUUGUGUUUUGGCAGUUACCCAAAGCAUUUUGAUUAAGAACUUUUUGUAAUGUAGCACUUGAAUAAGAUAACCAAUUUUUGUCUCAGAAUUGGAAAAGAAAAAAGGGCAAUUACACUCGAAUAAUGUACUGAAUGAAACUGUGUCAAAGAGAUUUUGUGAAAGGAAUAAGUCUGAAUACGAUUGCUGGAGAGAAGUCGUAAAAAUGUACAUGGCCGGCAACAAUAGUCAGUGACAUAAUCUUUUAACAUUAGUUUGGUUUGGAAUUUCAAGCUUCACAAAAGUUCAGUCAUUAUACUGUAGAGUUAACAUGUUAACAUUUGAAUAAAGUGCCUUUUUGUGGAAGAUUUAAAAGAGUUCACCUCUCCCUCCCCCAUGGCGCUCCUAAAUGAUGACUGCAAAUCUUUGUGUUACUGAUGUACACUUCCCUUUACUUGAAUUUUCACUGUAUUGUUAAUUUUGUGAUUAUUUUUUUGUAGCUGAUGGACCCUUUUUUGGAAAAGGGAUGUUUUUUUUCUUAUAUAUUACUCUGGUUUAUCAGUUGCAGUUACAGUUUUGUACAUUUUGUAUGAUUUCCAAUAUUAAUCGUGUUUGCCAAACUGUUUAUUUUUCUAAGUUCUCUCCACUUCCCAAAAUGAUGUCUCUUCCUUUUGCUGCAUCUCCAGAUUUGUUUCGUUCCUAUAUCAAAGAGCAAACCCCUGCAAAUUCCUUCCUUCCUGCCUAUUGUUUUAUAAUGUAUUUAAUAGCCUAUUUAUUUUUUAACUUUUAUUUAUUUAUCCUGAUAAACACUGAGCUGGGUUUAUAAUUGGAGGUUGCUCGUGAAUUUAAAAAAACGAAAAAACAAAACUUUAUUCCUCUUCAAUUCUUGAGCUGUUCAUAUCUGAGACUGCAUUUGCAAAAUAAAGUUUUAAAUGGAGUUUGUCGAACUGGUUUGAUCACUGUCAUGCAACUUAACAAAAUAAACCGUUUUCAUCAUUUUGAAGGCA